AUGGAUGUCCUCCCCUGGGUUGGGUUGGAGUUCAUAUCGUUUUUUUGGCAAUGCAAGGAUAAAAACUUAAACUGUCCGCGGUGGGAAAGCAAAGGAUACUGCAAAGGCAAAUACGAACAGUAUAUGAGAGAAAACUGUAAGAAGUCCUGUAAAAUUUGCGGUGGCGGAGGCAGCGGCGGCGGAGGCGGCGGUGGAGGCGGUGGAGGCGGCGGUGGUGGAGGAGGAGGAGAAUCACGAAAAUGUGGAUUUAAACCAGGCGCACGAAUUGUCGGUGGAAAUGAAGCCCCAAAGGGAGCUUGGCCAUGGCAAGCUCAGGUCAGGACGUCUUCUGGUUUCACCUUUUGUGGAGGAACUUUGGUUCAUCCGCAGUGGGUUGUAACAGCAGCUCACUGCACCUCGAAAAAAUCCGCCUCCAGCAUUCGUGUAAGAGUUGGUGCUCACUAUCGCAGCGGGAACACUGGAGACGAGCAGGAUUUUCAAGUGGAAAGAAUCAUCAACCAUGAAAGUUACAAACAGCCACGCGGAAUGGCUCAUGAUAUUUCUUUGUUGAAACUGCGACAACCCGCUCAACUGAACGAAAAAGUUGGACUGGCUUGCUUACCUGGGUCGAGUGGAGAAGUUUCGGAAGGCAAGACUUGUUGGGUGACAGGAUAUGGUACACUCUCCUCGGGUGGUAGUUUGGCAAAAGUGUUAAUGCAGGUAGAUGUCCCGAUUGUCAGUCAAAGUGGAUGUAAAAGAGCUUAUGGAUCGUCAAUCCACGACUCCAUGGUCUGUGCUGGACUCGAUCGUGGAGGCAAGGACUCGUGCCAAGGAGAUUCCGGUGGGCCACUGGUUUGUGAAGAUGGUGGAAAGUUCUACUUAGAGGGUGUGGUUUCAUGGGGAAGUGGUUGCGCCUCCCCAGGGAAGUAUGGUGUCUACGCCAGGGUCCGUUACUUACGGCAAUGGAUUGACAAGCAGAUGAAUAGUAGUAACGGAGGCGGCGGCGGAGAAAGAGGGGGAGGAAGCGGUGGAGAUUGUGUGGACACAAGGAGAAAAUGCCCUAUCUGGGCAGAUAAAGGUUUCUGCAAAAAUAAAGUUAAGAAAAUGAAAAAAUUCUGUAAGAAGAGCUGUAACUUUUGCGAUGGAGAAGAAGGAGGAGGCGGCGGUGGUGGUGGAGGAGGAGAAUCACGAAAAUGUGGAUUUAAACCAGGCGUACGAAUUGUCGGUGGAAAUGAAGCCCCAAAGGGAGCUUGGCCAUGGCAAGCUCAGGUCAGGACCCCUUCUGGUUUCACCUUUUGUGGAGGAACUUUGGUUCAUCCGCAGUGGGUUGUAACAGCAGCUCACUGUACCUGGAAAAAAUCCGCCUCCAGCAUUCGUGUAAGAGUUGGUGCUCACUAUCGCAGCGGGAACACUGGAGACGAACAGGAUUUUCAAGUGGAAAGAAUCAUCAACCAUGAAAGUUACAAACAGCCACGCGGAAUGGCUCAUGAUAUUUCUUUGUUGAAACUGCGACAACCCGCUCAACUGAACGGAAAAGUUGGACUGGCUUGCUUACCUGGGUCGAGUGAACAAGUUUCGGAAGGCAAGACUUGUUGGGUGACAGGAUAUGGUACACUCUCCUCGGGUGGUAGUUUGGCCAAAGUGUUAAUGCAGGUAGAUGUCCCGAUUGUCAGUCAAAGUGGAUGUAAAAGAGCUUAUGGAUCGUCAAUCCACGACUCCAUGGUCUGUGCUGGACUCGAUCGUGGAGGCAAGGACUCGUGCCAAGGAGAUUCCGGUGGGCCACUGGUUUGUGAAGAUGGUGGAAAGUUCUACUUACAGGGUGUGGUUUCGUGGGGAAGUGGUUGCGCCUCCCCAGGGAAGUAUGGUGUCUACGCCAGGGUCCGUUACUUACGGCAAUGGAUUGACAAGCAGAUGAAUAACUAUUAGACAAAAGUCUUAUGCACAAUA